AACGUGUCGUCAUCCACCGGUGCAAGAUGGAUGUUGUAGCUCUCGCAGUUUGUUUCGACAACGACCGUUUGAUCCAUCCGCAGUUCAGAUGGAAAUUAUCAACACCAACAUUAGGAGAUGUCAAUUUAGGAACUAUCUUGUUAAUUUACGCUAUAGCUAAUAUAGCCAGCUAAUCGAUUUGUUGUAAACGAAAUGGAAAUUUGAAUAGUGAAUUGCUAUAUUUUCACAAAAUCGUCUUGUGUCAAGCGUUUGGCAAAGAUGCAGGAUCUUCAAGACCUUGACAAUGAAACAUGUUGGCUUGUCAAAGAGCUGAAGUCAAACAUUGCUCAAGAAUCAUGCUUUUUACCGAGGGAAACUGGCUUGAAUAUAAUGGAGUCUGCAGCAGAGAAUGGAGUCUCUGCAAAAUGCAGAAAUGCCAAAGUUGAAGACCUGUGGAGCCUGACCAGUUUCUUUGGUUUCAGCACCCAGACAUUUGUCAUGGCUGUAAAUCUACUGGAUAGGUUCUUAGCCAUUAUGAAGGUCCAACCUAAGCAUAUGCCUUGCGUUGGAGUCUCCUGUCUCCAUAUUGCUGCCAAAAUGGUUGAGGAUGAGUGCAACAUCUCACCCACCCAUGAACUCAUCCGCAUCAGCCAAAGCAAGUUCACUGUUUCUGACCUCAGCCGCAUGGAGAUCAUCAUCUCUGGAAAACUCAACUUGGAGCUCAAAGCCGUCACAGCCUUAACCUUUUUACACUUAUCCCAUGCUGUCAUCAUAUCACUUACAUCAGAAAGGGAGGAGAUCCCAAGCAUUGGGAGACUGGAAGCCCAGCUAAAAGCUUGCUUAUGUCGGCUUGUUUUCUCUAAAGCAAAGCCAUCGGUGCUGGCACUGUCUGUCAUUAAUCAGGAGUUUGAAGCCCUCCAGUCUCUUGCCAUGUUGGAAAUUGUCCAAGAAGUCCAAAGGCACCUAAAGAUUGUUGACAGUGAGUUACUCUACUGGAGGGGACUUGUGGCCAAAUGCAUGACUGAGUACAGCUCAAGUGAAUGUAACAAACCAGACAAACUGGUGUGGAUCGUGUCCAGACAAACCGCCCCAAAUUUGCACGCUAAUCACUUCAGUGUCCCUGAACUGCCAACUAUUCCAGAGGGGAGCUGGGGUGAAAGUGAGAGUGAGGAUUCCUUUGAGGGCAUGAGCUGUGAAGAGGACAACCCGUGCAGCUCUCCUGGCAGCGACGAAGAGGGAGCCUUCUUCCCCUCAGAGUUUCGCAACCAUGGCAGAAAAUGAUACUCCUCUCUUUUUGAUGAGCUCAAACUUGUGAUUGAGAUUGUGUAACCAGGGUGCUAACUGUAACUUUUCCCUAAAUGUAAUGUUUCCCCUUCCUUAGUAGUCAUGAUUCAGAACAAAAUAGUUUAUGUUACUUACCAUACUGUAUGUGUGGCAGACUGGUAUCGAACUCGGGUUGCCUGUGCGCCUGGUUAGCCCUCUUAGCUAAAGCCUAGGUGUGGAAGCUAACAUAAGUCUUCCUGUCCAAAGACAGGUUACUGAUCACGGGAACGUAGUCCAACAAACCACCUCUGCUACAUACGUAUGUAUUCUGGAAAUACUGAACGGCAGGCCCAAUCAAGUGCCUGUAUUAAUCCAUGUGCUGUUUUUAAACUUUUGUUAUGAUUUUAGAUCUGAGUGAGAUUUAAAUUGCAAUAUCUUGGCAGCUGACUGGCAAUAAGAUCUUUGAAAGCCUUUUUAAAGAUGUUGCUGGUGUCAAUCUACAGUGGGGAGAACAAGUAUUUGAUACACUGCCGAUUUUGCAUGUUUUCCUACUUACAAAGCAUGUA